GCCUGUUCCGGAUGUGACGUUUAAUCCAAAACAAAAAUGACGCAUUUUUAUUGGACGACACUGGAAAGUGACGACCGGUCUGUGCUGAAAGACCAAUGAACCGGAGGAGAGCGCCUCGACGCAUCUCUCAUUCUCAGAGGAGAGAUGCACCAGCAGGAGGAGGAUACUGUAGGCAGGGGAGUCAAGAGCAAUGGCGAGGCCAAGACAAGGCACAGGUGAGAGAGGUGGAGGAGGAUGAGAGGUGUCAGCAGCAAGGGAAAGAGACGGUGCCACGCGGGGCCUGUCAGACCAUGUGCCCUGCUCGCGAGCUGCGGGACCGCGAGGCACAGAACCGCCUUCACCGUUUCGAGAUCGUCGCGGGCAUGGAAAAAGUUCGAAGGCCCAGGGGAGACCCUUUGCGUGCGGUAAAAGAGUAUUCCAGACCAGCAGCUGGGAAAGACUCGACGAACCCCAAUGACCUCCGUCCACCUGCUGUGUUACUGAAAACUGUUUGUUACCUCAUUGAUGACAUCGCCGCCUCCCCUCACCUGCAUCCUUGGACUGAGGUGUACAGCUUCGUCUUUGAUCGACUGCGUGGAGUGAAGCAGGACAUGAUCAUCCAGAGGGUGUCUGGGAUGCACUGUGUGGCCAUUUUGGAGCGGACGGUGCGGUUCCUCAUCUACGCCUCCUAUCAGCUUUGUGGUGAGCCCCUGCGGCUGUACGACCCGCGAAUCAACGACACACACCUACAAGAGAACCUGAGCUGGCUGUUGGAUUGCUACGCAACCGGAACAGGAUCCCAUCCUAACCAGGAAGAGUUCCAGGCUCUUGGUCUCCUAUACAACUUGGGUUCAGCUCGUGCCUCCCAGCACAUCAUGGAGCUCCCUGAGCGACUCCGCAGCUCCCCUCCCGUCACACUCGCUCUGUCCAUCAACAGAGCUUUCCUAGAGAGAAACCCCGUACGUUUGCUCCGAUUGGCUCGGAGGUUGAACUUUAUGCAGAGCUGUGCUUUACACCGUCACCUGGUGGCCUGCCGCAGAGAUUUGCUCCUAAUAUACAGCCACGGACACAACAGCCGCAACUGUCGCUUUCCUCUUGACACACUUGCGCAGCUCUUGUCCUUGGACACAUCGCCCGCAGCCCGACUCUGUCAGACGUACGGACUGGAGGUGAACCGGGACAACCAAGUGGUUUUCUCCAAAGCUGGGUUCGCAGAGCCUACACAAGGGGACCUGCACUGCAAUCUGUAUCACAACAUAGUUGCUGAGAAACAAAGAGACCUCACCAUCAAGAACAUUAUUCAUGGUUGUGCUUGAGACAAAUGUAAAGAGCAAAUCAGCAAUACAGCUAAUGUGAGGCUCUAUUUUUAUUGUAAAGGAAAUGAUCGUGUCGCUUUUGUCACUGUUCUGUCAUGUGAUUUAAUCUUUUUGUUUUUUGUAUUUUGUAUUUGAGCCUCAUGGCUUCCUUCAGGGACGCCCAACAGCCAGUAUGUUUUCCGAAUGAAUUUCUUCAGAUUAUACAUGUUCAACAGGAGGGUCGGGGUUGUUGCUAAGCUAAGGGUCUGCCGUGCUCACUUCCACUCAUGGCUGUGGAUGUGCUCGUUCAUCCUCAUGCACUUGCUGCAUGAUUUACUUUAAGAUGUGAAUAAUAUGUUACCUUAUCACUGGUCAAAUGUUGUUCUAAUGUCAGAAAACUGUUUAAAAAAUCAGCUGUGAAACAGUGUUCAAUCUUUUUUUUUUUUAUCAGUGCAGUACCUCAGAAGCAUUUCAAUAAACGUUUUCUACCUGAA